AUGUCUUCAUCGCAUUUUUUUCCGCAGGCAGUACAAACUGCGGGUAUUCCCAGGAUCCCGCCGAUGAACGACAACAAUAUUUCGGCGACAAACGGGUUCCAGCCCACGAUCCUCACGAGCAAUGUUCGAGUGCCACCUGGUCACAUUGAAAGAGUAGCGUCGGCACGUGCUAACGGCAAAAUACCAAUUAAUUCACUUCUUAGCAGUCCUCAAUCGCUUCUGGCACCUCCACCCAGGACCAAUGCCCAAGCAAGGACAGCAAGGAAAUCAGCGUUUCAUGUGAGUCCCUCAUCCCGAGGAGACAGCGGGUAUAGCACAUCACCUAGUAGAACUAGUGGCCGGAAGUGUGUUUCUGGUUCUAGUUCAGAGGGGGACAAGAAAGAGAGCGACUCUUUGUCAACGAGUGAAGUAUCCACUGGUUCGCCGAUUCGAGUCCAAGCAAAGAAUUCACUCGAAAAUCAUAAGCACACUCCAAAAAAAUUCCCUCUGCCCCCUAAACCACAACAAAUCCAGCAAACACCACAACCACCCAUCAACAACGAAGAUAGUGGCUCUACGAUGCCCGCGGCAGCUUCCUCUGCUGUACCUGCCUCCGAGGCGGCAGCAGCACCAUCGGCAGUAGCAGCACCCUCCAAAUCGAGUAGCACGAAAAGGCUACAGCUCGUAUUAUCCGAAACAAUUUCUUCAACGAAACCGAAACGGCAAAAGGUCGCAACUGCAAAGGCUGCUGCUCUUGCGAAGGAGCCCUUUAUGAAUGCCGAUGGCACUGCAGUAAAGAAGAGAAGACCUCCAGGAGUUAUGUCCGAGAAAGAAAAGGCAAGAGAACGUAGGAAAGCUAAAGCUAUCAAGGGCUCCGGGAGGUUUAGCCUGAGGGAUACAAUUGAGCCCAUCACGGGCGCGACAAUAAACGUUGCCGCCAAGCCUCAACCCGUCGCGCAUCUCCCUCGCCUCAAGCAUCUUCCGCGAGGUCCCGUCGUCCCCACCUUGCCGCCUCGUUAUGAGGUUCCUAGGGACCGCUACCUGCAAAGGCAACCCGUCUCUAACGUACAGCAGGAAACAACUAACUCUUCAAUCCCUCCUUCAGUAUCCCAUGAACCCAUGAUCAUUGAGUUUAGUGCCAAUCCCCAGGCUGCCAUACCGCACCCUCCGCCCAAAACCAAGUCAAAAACACCAAACCGCUCGGCUUCCUCUCGCGCUCCAUAUAAAGCGCAAGGGAAUAGUGUAACCGAGGCUAUUUUAAUAGACUCUUCUCCAUCCUCCGUGGAGAAAAACAAAGAUAAUCGAUUUAACCUACAAAAUGAGAAACGAAGAGGGCUAGAAAAGCCUCCCGUUUACAAUAUUCCUUCAGAUAGCGAUGACAUUACAAUAAACUUACCCUCCCCACAGUCCGGAGAGGACACGCGACGAACGCAGAAAAAACAAUCUUCGAAUACCCCAAGUUAUGCUGGAUUAACAGGGGCAUUGAGUGUGACGGAUAUUUUAUUUACGAAGUGUGUUUCGCCUCAAACACCGCCAGAUGAGCGCAAGCGCCUAUGUAUAGGCAUUGAAGACAUCAUCCAAAGGUUAGAGAUUCAAAAAGACCAGAGCAAAGCUUUACGACAUCACAUUACGUGGUCCGAAAACCGAGCGUACCCUACAUCAGAGAACCUUGCAGUACUUUUGAGACGUUUAUGUGUAGUAACAGAUGAAGGGUCAAUUGUCACCUUCGAAUGUUGGAAGGAAGAUAAAUCAAGGUUUAAAGGCCAAUUCAUACUACCUGAAGAUGCAGAACAUGCACAGAGGUCUUGUGAAAAGAGAUCUGAAGGUGUGCCACCUGAAAUCAUCGAAUCUUCGGCAGUGAGAGAAGAACCGGGUAAGACAUUGGCCGCUGAGGUGCCCAAAUCUCAUAUUCCAGAAAUCAUCUCUGCCUCAGAAAUAUUGUCAAUCCCAAGAUCGCCUGGUAUUUCUAGGAGAACCUCGAUUACUUCAGAUAGUGGUAGCAGCCACUAUUCUGUGCCUAAUGCCCAAGAAACGGGAAAUGCACUUGAACAAUUGGUAGGACGAAAACCACGGAGAACUGAAGGCUCCAUCGCCAGUGAUGUCGUACAGCUAGUUGGGUCACUCAGCUCACCUUUAAAUUUACAAGAAUCAGUACUAUCUGAGGGAUCUACAGAACCCAUAUGUUCAACCGAGUACAUCGAGGAACAGACUCUGGGGACUAGUGAUGACUCCCAAGAGGAAGAAGGUUUACCAGGCCCAAUGGCGGAGAAUCCCGAGGUUGUUGCAGAACAGGAGAAAGAGGAGUUACGAAGUCAAAUCGCAGAGAAUCCAAUGGUUGCAGAACAAGAUGAAGAGGGGUUAGCAAGUCCAACCGUGGAGAAUCCAGAGGUGGUUGCAGAAGAGGAGGAAGAGGAGCUAUCAAAUCAAAUGGCGGAGAAUCUGGUGGUUGCAGAGCAAGAGGAAGAGGGUUCACCAAGUCCAAUCGUGGAGACUCCAGAGGAGGUUGCAGUGCCCUCAAGUCCGAGUAAUCAGAUUCAAGAAGAGAAUGCCGCUUCGGCCACUACCUUGCAGGGUUCCGCCACAACUGUGGCCAAGUCUUUCGUCUCAAACAAGCGUAAAAGGAAGAUAUUCGAACGUUUCACCGUCGAGGACCUUUUGAGUGAAUCAAAAUGUGAUAAAGCACUACAGUUACACCAGGCAUCUCUCCUCCUCAGGAAACGUCAAGAAAAAGACGAUGAAUACUUCCCCAGGAUCCUCCGUCUCAACAAAGCGGAAAAUGAUGUCAAAGCUGAACUUGAUGCUCUCAACGCAUCAGCUAAAUCUCAAGAGCUCUACUAUCAACGCAGAAUUGAUGCUUCAUUAAAAGUCACAAAUGAUGGAGGCCAAGCCAAUUGGGAAGAAUAUCGCGAGCUCAUAAGGAAGAGAGAUAGCCUUCGGGAAGACUAUACACGCGAAACCGUGCGUCUUGUAGAUAAAGCCUCGAAGAUUGCGGCUGAGAAGGCCUGGUGUCUCUCUCAAAGGAAAAAAACUGUGGAAGAGCUUGACAUCCCCACCCAGGAUAAGGGGCCGAGCGACGGGAGUACCACACCAACAGCUACAAAAUCCGCUUCAUCAGUGUCCGAUUUGAUGGAUGCGGGCUCAGACCCAGUUCCUUUCUCUAUAAUGGAUCAUUUCCCUACGAUGGAUCCUAUCCUCGCAGAAACGGAGAUCGAAGGCUAUAGCAUGGCUCGAGAAUUUUUGAAACGCUUGAUUCCCUGGGCCACAAUGCAACCAGAGCCGGCCCCGGACCCUUCCCCUUCCGAGCUUGAAGCCGCCGCCGCUAUUGCCGCCGCCGAUGCGAAGAAGAAGAUGCGGAGGAAGAAGAAGUUGAGGUGGUGA